UAUUAUAUGGAAGUUCAAGAAACUAGAUUGCAUGGUGGCUAGCUACGUGAAUCUAAUUGUAAUUAUUCGGCGGUAGCCUUUUUUUGUAAAAUAAAUAUGAGUUCGAAAAAUAGAGGUAAAUGUGAAUUGCUGGAUUUGAUUUAUCAUCAUUUGAAGGAGAGUGGACACAAGAAAGCUGCUAGCGAACUCAAAAAACAUGUUACACAGAGUGGAUCAGUAGAAGGAACUACGUCACUGUAUAAUAUCUACAAGAACUGGGUCAACUCGCCAGAGGACGCGAAGCGCAGCAAAGAUUCUCAGAAGGCCAAUCAGAAACCCGUGAAGUUUCGCCACGCAGAUCCCGAGAGUAGUUCAGAGAGCUCCGAGGAUGAUUGUGAUCCGAAGACGUCCAAACCCGUACCUCCAGGCUCCCGGACCUCCGAGACCCCGACCGCCGCAAAGGCUGCUGGGACGGAAGCCGAUGUCUCCGAGACGGAGAGCAGCGGGGAGUCGGAGGACGAGGACGGAGCGCCGCAGCAAAACAAGGAUGUGAAGACACCCAAAGCCAACCCCACUCCGCUGAAGAACAAGCUAGCAGCAGCAGCCAAGCCUAACCAAGCAGAGAGUUCUGACAGCGACAGUGACUCAGACAGUGAGAAUGAGAUCCCACCUACGCAGGAUAUCAUUCCAAAACCAAGUAUUAAACCCACAAUACUGGCCACACCCAAAGCCACACCCAAACCCUCAGCUCCAGCAGAGGAAGAGGAGAGCGACAGUGAGGACUCGUCAGACAGUGAGGAAGAGGCAGCACCCCCGAAGGUAGCACCAGCCACACCAGUGAAAUUGGCAGCUUCAAAGACCCCUAGCAAGGCUCAGACCACACCCAAAGCCACACCUAAACCCUCAGCUGCAGCAGACGAAGAGGAGAGCGACAGUGAGGACUCGUCAGAUAGUGAGGAAGAGGCAGCGCCCCCGCAGAAGGCAGCGCCAGCCACCCCAGUAAAAUCAGUGGCUUCAAAGACCCCUAUCAAGGCCCAGACCACGCCCAAAGCCGCACCCAAACCCUCAGCUCCAGCAGAGGACGAGGAGAGCGACAGUGAGGACUCGUCAGACAGUGAGGAAGAGGCAGCGCCCCCGAAGGCAGCACCAGCCACGCCAGUAAAAUUGGCAGCUUCAAAGACCCCUAGCAAGGCCCAGAGCACACCCAAACCCUCAGCUCCAGCAGAGGACGAGGAGAGCGACAGCAGCUCGGACUCCUCAGACAGUGAGGAAGAGGCUCCAGCCAAGGCGGCUCCAGCCAAGGCGGCUCCGGCCAAGGCGGCUCCAGCCAAGGCGGCCCCCGUAGCCCCAGUGAAGCCCAGCCAGCCGCCCCCCGGCCUGGCUAAAGCUGCGGCCAAGACCCCUGUUGCAGGGAAGCAGGCCCAGAGCUCGGGCAGUGACAGCAGUGACGACUCGGAGAGCUCAGAGGACACGCCAGCGCAGAAGCCAGCACCAGCCGCCCCAGUUAAAUCAGUGGCUUCAAAGACCCCUAUCAAGGCCCAGACCACGCCCAAAGCCGCACCCAAACCCUCAGCUCCAGCAGAGGAAGAGGAGAGCGACAGUGAGGACUCGUCAGACAGUGAGGAAGAGGCAGAACCCCCGAAGGCAGCACCAGCCACGCCAGUAAAAUUGGCCCCUAGCAAGGCCCAGACCACCCCCAAAGCCACACCCACACCCAAACCCUCAGCUGCAGCAGAGGAGGAGGAGAGCGACUCUAUGUCAGACAGUGAGGAAGAGGCAACACCCCCGAAGGCAGUGCUGGCCACACCAGUCAAAUCGGCAGCUUCAAAGAGUCCAAAGAAGACCCAGACCACACCCAAAGCCACGCCCAAAGGCACGUCCAAACCCUCAGCUCCAGCAGAGGAAGAGGAGAGCGACAGCAGCUCAGAAUCGUCAGACAGUGAGGAAGAGGCGGCAGCCCCGACGUCUGCAGUGACAUUGCCAGUCAAGCAGAAGGCCACACCCACAGCCUUGCCUAAACCCCCUCAGGAAGAUGACAGCAGCAGUGUGGAUUCUGACAGUGAAGAGGAGACAGCGCCCCCUAGUGCUUCAGCCGUCCAGCCUGUGGCUGUGGCAGAGGCCUCGACCUCGGAGGACUCCAGCUCCAGCGAAGAAGAAAUGUCCCAGUCUCUCCUAGCUCCCAGAACCCCCCCGGCCAAGACCCCCGCAGGGACGAAGAAGGGGAGUAAGAGCAAAGCUCCCACACUGACCAAGGACAAGAACGGAAUUCCCAAAACUCCCGGAGCUCCCCUGUCCUUGGAUGGGAUGAAGAACGGCGUUCCCACUGUCCCUGCCCGGAGCGACUCGAGCUCGGACAGCACGGACAUCGAGCAGAAUGACGUGAUACAACAGGCCCGUGCAUCAAAGUCACGGAAGGCAGUGCUGGCCACACCAGUCAAAUCGGCAGCUUCAAAGAGUCCAAAGAAGACCCAGACCACACCUAAAGCCACGCCCAAAGGCACGUCCAAACCCUCAGCUCCAGCAGAGGAAGAGGAGAGCAACAGCAGCUCAGAAUCGUCAGACAGUGAGGAAGAGGCGGCAGCCCCGUCUUCUUCAGCGAAACGGGUUCCCCCUGUGGAUGAGACCCCUGCUGUCAAACCACCAGUGCAGAAGAGGAAGAGGGGCAAGGAGAAAACGGAGGCCACACCCGUCAAGAGCAAGAGGAAGAAAACUGAACCUGCGCUACCAGAACCCGCCAACAAGAAAAAGAUCCCGGCGCAGCCUCCUUCUGCUCCACCAGGGGGAGACUCUGAGUCAGACUCUGACAGCAGUCUGGAUGAGGAGAAAUGGAGGCAGCUUGCACAAAAACUCUCGGAUGCUGACAUCGCCAAGAUGGAGGAGAUCGACGCUGUCGUCAGCGGCACCACACAGACCCUGUCGGCCAGGUCACCGAAGGGGCAGGGAAGGACCAAGACCCCAACGAACAAGGAGAAGGAGGCGGGGAAUGGGAAGGCCAAGGCCACACCCAGAAAAAGACCGACCGCCGCCAGCAAGGCCAAGAAGGCCCCGCCCACUGCACCCGACAAGCUGCAGCUGCCAAUCAGCACAGACAGUCAAUCAGGAUCCCCGUCUAAGAGCGGGGCCGUGGAAGUCCCUCCCACCACCAAGAAAGCCAGGUCUGGUAAGAGGCCUGUCUCCACCGUCUCCUCCCCCAGCCAGGACAACCACCAGCCUUCCAAGAAGAGGGGCAAAUCCGAGACGAAGAAAAGCUCAGAUCUGAAUCCGCCCGGCGACAAAAUGGCUGACGCGAAGAACAAAGGGAAGAAGGAAAAGAAGGAGAAGAAGGAAGAAAUUAAGGACAAAAAGAAGAAAUCAAAAGAGAAGGCUGCUGACUCCAAUGUGGCCACUGUGAAAUUGAAAGCAAAGGAAAAAAAAGAGCAUAAAUCUAAAAAGGGGAAGAAGGAGAAGGAUUCUCCUCUCAAGACACCACUCAGCCUGACUUCCACAGCAAUCCGUUCAGCCACUGUGGAAGAUACCCCAAAAAAGAAGCACAAGUCCUCCAAAAACACUGAGCUGAAGAGAUAGCCAAGAUGGCCCCAUGCAUCCCAGGGUGAGGGAUGUUGUCCAGGCCAUCGGAGUAGAAAACUUCAUUUUUAACAUAAUCCACCCGGUCCUUGUCAAUCGUUUAUUCUGUUGAGAAUCCUGUUGAUCAUAUUUUUGUUUGUGAUUUUUUUUUUAUAAUGAUGGACUGUAUGAUACUGUAUCACUGUGUUGUACAUGUGAUGUUUUUAAAUUUUAACACGUUUUUACUGUACUGGUAACGGUUGUGUACUGGGUACGAGGCACAAGAAAGAAACGUGAAUUUCAGCUGCAGGGCUGAUUUCCCAAACGUCUUGUUUCUGCUGAAAUUACAGUACAUGAACUGGAAUCCGUUUUGCAUUUCACACACAAAGCCAGUGCACUGCCCACCUAAAAUACCUUGCUAUGGCUCGUGUGACUUCACUGGUGAACUUCCUGUAACUGGUGAUGGGAAUGCAUCUGGAGGAGCUGAAGAUGGUGAAAAAUGUGCUCAAUAUUCUGGCGUCAAGGAAUUACUGCUUCAUGUUUACAAAUAUUUCUGUCAAAUAACUGUGGAUAAAACAUGUCUAUGUUUGUCUAAGAUAUAUUUUAUAAAAUAAUUUUUCAGACUUUA